UUUUGUUAGAUCUGAAUAUGCCUUCUACUUAUACUAUGAAAGAUACUGAAGAUCGACAACAAUCUUCCAACUAUUCUCGUAAAGAUUCCAAGAAGCGAGAUAGAUCCAACGAAGACAAGAAAUCUAACAAGAAGAUCAAGUUUGAUGAAGAGAUUCCUAUUGAAGAAGAACAAAAAGAAGAAGAAGAACAAGAUAUUCCUGAAGAAUUGAAACUUACUAACUUCCGGAUCUCUGAAAGUACCAUUCAAAACUUGGCCACCAAAGGUAUCAAGUCUCUAUUUGAAAUCCAAGCCAAAACGUUUGAUUCUAUCUAUGAUGGUAAUGAUGUUCUUGCUCGUGCUCGUACUGGUACUGGUAAAACCUUGGCUUUUGCUUUACCUUUGAUUGAAAAGUUAUCUGCUGAUAAUGCUUUCAGUAGUCGUCGUGGUCGGUCUCCUCGUGUCUUGGUUCUCUGUCCUACUCGUGAUUUGGCCAAACAAGUAUGUGGAGAUUUCGAAUACAUCUCAGGAUCUCGUCUUACAGCAUUACCUGUCUAUGGUGGUACUCCUUAUGCUGAACAAACUCAAGUUUUCCGUCAAGGUUGUGAUGUUGUCGUCGGUACUCCUGGUCGUGUGAUGGAUCAUAUCAAGUUUGGCAAUAUGAAAUUGAAUGAUUUACAAUAUAUUGUUUUGGAUGAAGCUGAUGAAAUGUUGGAUGCUCGUGGUUUCCAAGAUGAUAUGUUCAAUGUAUUGGAUCAAAUUAAACAACAAAAGACCAGUCGUGAUUAUCAAACUUUAUUAUUCUCUGCUACUGUGCCUGAAUCUGUUAUGGAAACCAUCAAUCGUUUUGUAAAGGAAGAUUAUGUCCGUAUUGAUUUAAUUGGAAAUGCCAAAAACCGUACCAAUACCAAUAUUCGUCAUAUUGCUAUGCCAUCAUCUUAUAUGGCCCGUGCUGAUAUCAUUGGAGAUGUCGUCAAUGUUUAUGGUAAAAGUGGAUUGACUGUGAUCUUUUGUGCCACCAAAGCUGAUGCCAAUGAAUUGGGUACUCAUGACAAGAUCAAACAGGAUGCUGCGGUUUUACAUGGUGACAUUGCUCAACAAUCUCGUGAAUCUACUAUGAAGGCAUUCCGUGAAGGCAAAUUCAAAUGUAUUGUAUGUACUGAUGUAUUAGCUCGUGGUCUUGAUAUUCCUCAAGUGGAUUUGGUCAUUAAUUGUCAACCUCCCAAGGAUACUGAAUCUUAUGUUCAUCGAUCUGGUCGAACUGGUCGUGCUGGUCGAUCUGGUGUAUGUGUGACUUUUUAUAAGCCUCAAGAAGAAGGACUUUUACAAUAUAUCUCCAAGAAAACCGGUGUCCAAUUUGAAACCAUGUCUGCUCCUCGUCCUGAAGAUAUUAUCAAGGCUACAGUUGAAGAUUGUUUCAAAUCCAUUGAUAGUGUGAACCCUAAUGUACUUCCUUUAUUUACGGAAUCUGCUCAAAAGUUGAUUGAAAAACAUGGUGCUGAAGAAGCUGUUGCAUCUGCAUUGGCCUAUAUGACUGGUUAUCACAAAGGUGUUCCUAGUCGAUCAUUAAUGACAUCCAUGGAAAAUCAAACAACUCUUUAUUUCAACGUUGGUCAAACGAUCAAUCAUCCUGGUUAUAUUCGCAACAUCAUCAACCGUGAAUACCCUGAUAUUACUUUUGAAGAUGCUCGUGGAUGGCGUAUGACAAUGGAUCGUACUGGUGUGGUGGCAGAUUUUACAGCAACCAAGGUCGAAGUCAAGGAUGGUGUGGUUCAUUUAGCUGGUCGUGCUUGGCAUGAUUCUCGUAUUGAAUUAACUGCUCCUUCUCAAUUACCUGAAUUGGCUGAACGUGAAGGUCGAUAUCAAGGUGGUGGUGGCCGAGGUGGCAAUAGAAAUGGUGGCUAUGGUGGUGGUAACAGAAACAACCGAUAUUAGAAUCAUCAAUCCAUUUUUUAUACAUCCUACUUUCAUUUUUAUAUUCUUCAUGUACUUCAUCAUUAUUUCAUUUUAGUUUUCUUCAAUAUAGAUGUAUACCUUGAAAUCAUCCCUCUUUUCCCCCCUUCUUCUUUUCUCCCUAGUGUUAUUAUUAUUAUUUUAUUAUCAUUAUCAUUUAUGCAUUUUACAGAAUAAAUAAAAAAAACUGACAAAAAAA